CUUUCCUAUUGGUUCACUGCGUUGUCCGUCACGAGUCAUACACUUCCGGUAUACAAGUCGUCCAAGCAACGGAACGGAAGUCGCUGCCAGAGAUCGUGGGGAGAAUGCUUCCUUUAUCUUUAUUGAAGACUGCUCAGAACCAUCCUAUGUUGGUUGAAUUAAAGAAUGGUGAAACGUACAACGGGCACUUAGUGAGCUGUGAUAAUUGGAUGAACAUCAAUCUUCGUGAAGUCAUUUGCACAUCGCGGGAUGGUGACAAAUUCUGGAGAAUGCCGGAAUGUUACAUACGUGGUAGCACAAUCAAAUACCUGCGAAUUCCAGAUGAAAUUAUUGAUAUGGUGAAAGAGGAAGUAAUGUCAAAAGGCAGAGGCCGUGGUGGAAUGCAGCAACAAAAGCAGAUGAAGGGCAGAGGAGCCGGUGGAGCUGGAAGGGGUGUCUUUGGAGGACGAGGUAGAGGAAUGCCAAGUGGAGGCCGAGGGGGUCAAGAUAAAAAGCCAGGACGACAAGCAGGAAAACAAUGAACCUGGAGAUUGUCAUUUUGAUUUUGUUUUUUCAAAGCAAAUAAAUUGGUAACAUCUGUUUGGGCAAACCUCACAAUGUCAAAGUAUAUGAAGUCUUAAGCGUGCUCAAAAUAAUCCCUGGGCCCGAUCACAAUUUUGAUUCUUUUCAACAACCAUAGCAGUUUUGAUAAUCUUUUAGUAAAAUAUGCCCUCUUUGUGAACAUUCAAAAGUAAAAAAUCUGUAAACUACCUGCUUUCCUUUUCUAUAGAAUUGAUGAGUCUCGGAGGUUAAUACUAGAUUUAGUAAUUUAUAUUUCGUAAGCAGGUUAAAUAAACUCCUAUGAUCUGACAGUAUCAGGAAUAGUGGGGUGCACAUCACUUGUAACAACUGUGCUUUUUUUUUUUCUCUUCUACUUAUUACAUGUACAUCACAACAGAAUGUGUAAAAAAAUAUCUUUAACAAAAUCACCAUCAAGGAAAUGGCAGAUGAGUCCUAUUACUGUGGAACCCAAGUGUAAGGGCCACUUUUCCUUUAAAAUACUGACAGGUGAUCAAACAACCAUAGCACAACAGCAAGGGUAGAUACCAAUUUAGAUGUAAAGGAUUAGACCUUUCAGCCCACUCUAUAAAUAAAGCAAAAACACCAUUGCUAAAAUAAAUAAAUAUAUAUAGUGGGCUGAAAUGCCUAAUCAUUUACAUCUAAAUUGGUGUCUACCGUUGCUAUUGUGGUACUACAACUCCUAUCGUGCCAAAACAUCUUUGUUUGUGAACACAGGAGAGCCACAAGUUUGAGACCACUGGUCUAGAUCUUUAGUUUUCUUAAAUGCAACUGUGAGCAUUUAAAAACCUGCCAGUUGUGAAGUAGUUAAAGUGAGUUCCCAGAUGACCUCAUAAUGUAAUCCAAUACCCUGUACAAUAGGAACAAGGUCUAAUUUCACUGAUUGGCACCAGCAGUUUGUACCAAAAUUAAAACAUUGAAUGAUUCUGUUUUUCUUCUCAAAGUUCAUAAAUCCAUCUCCCUGGAGAGUUCAAGUUCACUGAAUAGAGUCCCCCACCAAGAACAUGCAAAGCACAUUUCUUCACUUGUCUUGAUAGGAAUGUUCUAAACAAAUAAAGGUUGCAGUUCCUAAACUACACGGCUAUGUGCUCAAAUAUUUUGGAAUUGUCAUGGAAACAGUCGGAGCUAAUUUCUUUUUCUCUGUAAAGAAAAUGUAAUUUUUAUCCUUUAAAGGAGCGUAUGUGAAACUUUUUUUGUGCUCCUGGUUGCCAAGUACAGCAGUGAUGCUUUUCUUUUUAUUUUUUUUAUUUUUUAUAAAAAGGUGUUAAAAAUUAAACACAUUCACAUACUUUGAAAAUUCACGCACUGGAAUUUCAUACAAUAGUUUUGUUUAAAAUUGUUAUUUUUGUAAUGCUGAAGACCUGAGUAUAGAGGUUAAACGCACUUAACAGUUCUUGGUAUAUGAUUUAAAUGUCACAAUAAAUUUCAUGAACAGUGCAAA